CCCGGUGUUCCCGGCUGUCAUGUCGGCCCUGGAGAAGCAGCUGCAUCUGGGCCGCCUGCCACCUCGGCCCCCGUUGCCCGGCGGCGGCGGCCAGUCCGGGUCCAAGAUGCGCAUGGGCCCUGGAAGAAAGCGUGAUUUUUCACCAGUGCUUUGGAGCCAGUACUUUGAGUCUAUGGAGGACGUUGUGGUAGAAAAUGAAACUGGCAAGGAUACUUUUCGAAUUUACAAAAGUGGCUUGGAGGGGCCUGUCUUGCUGCUGCUGCAUGGUGGAGGCCACUCUGCCCUGUCCUGGGCCGUGUUUACUUCUGCAAUCAUCAGCAGGAUCCAGUGUAGGAUUGUGGCCUUAGACCUCCGAGGCCAUGGAGAAACAAAAGUAAGGAAUCCUGAAGAUCUGUCUGCAGAGACUAUGGCAAAGGACGUGGGCAGCGUGGUGGAGGCGCUCUACGGGGACCUGCCGCCGCCCAUCAUGCUGAUCGGGCACAGCAUGGGCGGCGCCAUCGCCGUGCACACCGCCGUGGCCAACCUGCUGCCCAGCCUGCUGGGGCUCUGCAUGAUCGACGUCGUGGAGGGUACUGCCAUGGAUGCCUUGAACAGCAUGCAGAACUUCCUAAGGAGUCGUCCCAAAACAUUCAAGUCGCUUGAGAAUGCCAUUGAGUGGAGUGUAAAAAGUGGACAGAUAAGAAAUCUUGAAUCUGCCAGAGUUUCUAUGGUCGGUCAAGUCAAACAGUGCGAAGAGGCUGCCAGUCCUGAAUGCCCUAAAGCCAUAGUAGAGGGAAUUAUUGAGGAGGAGGAGGAAGAGGACGAGGAUGAGGAAGGAGGAGGCUCUGUCAACAAAAGGAAGAAAGAGGAUGACACAGAGACAAAGAAGGAGCAUUUAUACACGUGGCGAAUCGAGCUGGCCAAAACAGAGAAGUACUGGGAUGGCUGGUUCAGGGGUUUAUCCAACCUCUUCCUCAGCUGUCCCACUCCAAAGCUCUUGCUUCUAGCUGGUGUUGACAGGCUGGAUAAAGAUCUGACCAUUGGACAGAUGCAAGGCAAGUUCCAGAUGCAGGUCCUCCCACAGUGUGGCCACGCAGUCCAUGAGGAUGCUCCGGACAAGGUUGCUGAAGCUGUUGCAACGUUCCUGAUCCGUCACAGGUUUACAGAGCCCAUUGGUGGAUUCCAGUGUGUGUUUCCUGCUUGUUAAUAUCCCGGUGUUCUCCAGCACUGAUUCCCAUUGUAAAUAAACUGCACCAGAGGCCACUGUGAUGUAUCCAUAUCCUCUCAUCUCCCAGUCCAGCAGCAGUGAGAAGUUGGUGUGAGAUUCAUCCCCUAGAACUAGCUCUCCAGAAUAUCUAAAUUCUUAGGGACUUCCUUGCUGGGAAGCAGCUUCUACUGAAGACCAUGAAAAGCUCUUCAGGCCCUUGGAACUGGGAUCCUCUUCUCUGCUGCCACAAGGAAAGACCUCCUGGAAUCCCAUGUAGCCAAUCAUACCAACCUCGGCCGAUUCUCAGGCUUUCCUGGACCCAGCUGCAGAAGGGCUGUUGGCAGUCCAGAUCCACCGAGGGCACUGCAGCACAGCCAAAGGCUUCAGGAUUUCUCUGUGGAAUCACUGGAUCAUCUUGGAAGUGCCCCUUAGAUUUGGGUUUUAUACAUACAUACACUUUUUUCCCCCCUAAAGCAGACGAGGGAUCGGCUUCAUUGGGAGCUCAGGUUUCAUCUCACCAGAGCCAGCCUUAGGGGUUAAGCUGUGGAAAAGCCUGGAGGCCACUUUCCUGGGCAAAGCUGGAUGGGACUGAACCAAAAAGGCAAGAGGGGGACUGUGAGAUCCAUUUCAGAGUCUUGCAGUUUGUCAAGUGCUCGUUUCAAGUCCUCUCUGGGAAGGAGAGCCUGAAUAACUCCAUCCACUACAGACACAUCCCAGGCCAGGGGACUCUGAACCUGCCUUCAUGGGGAAGACCCAAGAGCAGCAGGGACAAUGUGAUCAGCAGGCAGUUUGUCUGUUUUCUGCCCCUGGAAUGUGUUUGUCCUUCCCUUCUUGUAGCUGCCACACACAGCUGGGCAGAGAUCAGCACCUUUGGGAUGGAAAAACAUGGAAUGGGCUGUAGGAAGACCCCUGGGAGAGCUUGGAGUCAGCCCUGCUGAUGUUGAUGCAGAGGUGUAGGCAGCUGUUUUCCCCAGUACAAGAGGAAGGACCCUGUUUCCACUGUUGCUUCCUAGAUCAUUUUGCUGCCUGCCUUCCAGAAUUCCAUGUGCACAGAGAGCUUUUCUUCAGGGUUCAGUUAUCCACAGAUAGCUCCUGGGCUUGCUUUCACCUAAGAGUCACUUUUGAGUCUAAGAGCAGACAUGUUUUGGAGCAGUUUUCCUCAAUAUUUUGCUGGUGGAUGUGUGAAACCCCUUUUUUUUUUUUGCCUGGUGUCCAUAACCCCCUGCUGCUGUCAGAUGAUUUUAACCCUGCUCUGCCGAGGCAAAGUUCUGUGGUGAUUUGGGAGCUGCCCUGUGCAUCCUGUGACAAGAGCCAUCAGGAAUCCUUGGCCCUUGGGAGGUGCAGGUGGGACAAAGGGUUUGACCACGGAGCUCCACUUGGCUGUGAUUCACCAGGCACAACCUCAUUCCAGAGAGGAAUGCCCUCCUGGCACUCUGGGCACUCAGGUGUGACAGGAGCAAUGGUGGCUCUCUGCGCUUCCCUCCGUGAGUCACCGUGUUGAUGCAUUGAUUUGAUGUAAUUCCACCCUGGUCUAGUUCCUGAUGGAUUCAGUGGAUCUUCAGUAGUCAAAAUGCAAAACAGUUCUUCCCCCAGCCGUGUCCCCAAAAUGGCCAAAAUCCCCUUUUGCAGGAGACUGCUUGGUUCAGAUCGUUAGGGGUGAGUGAGUGCAGCGUGUCUGUCCAGUCUCCAUCGUGUCUGUCCAGUCUCCAUCGCGGUGAGGUCACAUUCCUCCGUGGUGAAGUCACUUGGAGAGCCUGACUGGGAGCGAGGAGCGACUCCUCCUCGGUUAUCCCUCUGAUCUGUGAGCUGUCAGAAAGCCCGACCAAACAGAACCCUCCGUGGAAAGCCAGCCAGUUCUGUACUCUGCAGAAGCACCACUGGGAAAGGAACGAUUCCUGCAACCCUGCGGGCUGCCUGGGAUUCUGUUUUGCUGUUAACAUUGAGUGAGUGAAAAGAAAAUAAAUAUUCCAAGAGCCUGUUUAAGUGACUGGUGCGUUGCUCCGUGCCAGCUCCCAGCCCUGCCCAGGUGGCUGUUCUGGGACUCCUGUGGGGCUGGAUUAAAAGGAUGGGUUCCAGGGACAGCAGCAGCACCACGGGGGUGGGUGGAAGGGAAAUUCCUUUCGGCUAUAAAGUCAAGCCAUGCACAUUUUUGACACUGGUCUUCUGUCUGAGGAGUAUUAAUGCUCCUGCUGCAGUUUCCAGGGGGCUGCAGGCUGGGGUAAGUGGCAUUUGAUGAAGAAUACAGAGGCUGUGGUAAAAGUAACUGCAGAGAGGAGUCUUCUCUCUGGCUCACGAGAGACAGGGACACAGAGAAAUUCCUCCCCAAAAUUCCCAGCUUUGCAUUUUUCCUGCCGCCUUUUGAUUACUUAGAAACCUCUCUUGGUCUUGUUUCACUUGUUGGAUUGAGGAUCCUUCCCAAUGGAGGAUCCCAAGGUUUGGCAGGAGCAGGAGAUGCACUUUGGGAUGCUGGUCUGUUGCAGGCUUCAUUUUAAUUGAAUAAAUUAAAUAAAUAAAUGUCUGAGACCUAGGAUGGGCUUUGCCAGAUUAUCUGUGCUGGACAAAGCCAUCAGGGAUUUACACAUGACUGGAGCAUUGGGAUUGUUGGGAAAAGAUUAUUUCCUGUAUUGCCAAAGCAGGUUAUUCUUGCUUUGAAUAAGUCAGCCCUUGAGGAAGGAAUUAAACUCAGGCCUGGGGCUGCCCAGCCAGAAUUUUCCCCUCAGUUUGUGACAGGGGUGAUGCAGCAGUAGGUAAAAUUGUUGUUUUUCCCUUUUUGGCCAGGGAAAGGCUUGGACAACCUGAGGAAGGCCAUUCCAGCCGUGCUUCCCACGUGUUUGUGAUUGGCAAGCAGCACUGGGAUGACUUGCAAAAGGCAGAGCUGGGCAACACAGGCCUUGGAGAAUGCCCCCAGGAGGGUCUAUUGGGUAUUAGGGAGAAGUUUUUGUACAAUUUAGGCCCUGGCACAGGGUGCCCAGAGCAGCUGUGGCUGCCCCUGGAUCCCUGGCAGUGCCCAAGGCCAGGCUGGACAGGGCUGGGAGCAGCCUGGGACAGUGGGAGGUGUCCCUGCCAUGGCAGGGGUGGCACUGGAUGGGCUUUAAGGUUGGUCCCUACCCAAAUUAUUCUGAUUCUGUGACUUUAGCACUGACAUUUUUCCUCUUCUCCACUACUGCCUUUUCUUUUGGGGGCAGGAAGGCCUGGGAAAAGGGCUGUGUGGAGUGCCUGGCAACCAGCUGUUCACUGGUUUGAACUGGUAAUCCACACUCUUGGAAAUCCAGACCUGCAUCUUUAGGCAAGGUCACAAACUUGAGUUGAUGGCUUUUCACUUCCAAGAGCCCCUGUCCCUGGUGCAUUGUCCCCGAGCCUGGUGCUCUGCUCACAGGCUGGAAGUGCCCUUUGUGUUGCCCAAAGCUGCAUCCCUCAUUUGUGCUGUCUGUCCGUCUGUCCCUCUGACAGUGCUGCCCCCUCAGUGUCCAUGUGGCAUCCAACACAGCGGGAAUGGGACUGGCUGUUUGCUCCAAGUUUUGCUGUUUCCAGAAGGAAAAUGUGUGUGAGUGUGUGUGUGUGUGUGUGUGUGUGUCAGUGUCAGUUCCCUGGAGGCCACACGCCGUGUCCCGUGUCAGCCUCAUCCUGGUCUUGUCCUGUUCUGUGUCCAUCUCCCUCGCCUACAAAUAAAGCAUUUGUGAAAAUCCUG